AUAUUAGACUCUACUGUAUUAUCGAGAUGCAUCUCACAAUAUUGUAUUAGAGGGAUGCAUAUCUCAAUACAUUGGUAUCUCGCGUAUCCAGACCCUACCGCCGCGUUACACUCCGAACCACGCCUCACACGCAUCACGUGACCAGACGGCAUGCGCUUGGACAACUUCACCGCAAAGACAGUCGAGAUUCUCUUCAAACGAGCCGGUGGCAAAUGCUGCAUUUGUCGCGCGACGACGUUCGGUCCAAACGACAAGUCGUGGAGCUCGACGAGCAUUGGCCAAGCGGCUCACAUCAGCGCAGCAGCACCAGGAGGACCUCGAUAUGAUGAGAAGAUGCCAAGUGAGGAGAGAAAGAGCGCAAGGAACGGCAUGUGGCUUUGCUCUAACUGUCAUGAUAAGGUGGACAGGAAUGUGGAGACGUACACGUUGGAGAAGCUGCGAGAAAUCAAACACAAAGGUGAGAGUGAAGCAAAGGAAGAGUUGGGAAGGCCGCCAUCAAAAUCAGAUCAAGGAGAUCAGUUGCCAGUCAUGUUGGAUGCACUUGCCAUUCACCAAAUACGUCAAAUGAAAGGAAAGAUUAUAUCAACAGACAAAGAAGGAAUCAACAAGAAAGCAGAAGCUCUUGUUGAAGAGCUCUCGGGACUCCAACUAGGAGAAGACAGCUACAGCGUUGCAGUCAGCCGAGAAAUGCUACGUUUCCUCUCCAAACUCACCCAAUUAGCAGGAGUUGAUAUCAAUCUAGGCAUAGCAUACGAAGUGGCCAGUGUAACAACAGAGUCGAUUGACACGCACGGAACAGAGUUGACAACAGACGACAUUCAGUUGGCUGUCGACAUCAGCUCCAUGCUUGCACGUGCGUCUCUCAAAUCAAAACGAGAACCAACCGAAACUCAAGUGUUGUACGAACGUGCCAUAUCUCUUGCCUCUCACACCAUCAAGGUCAUGAAACGCGUGGGUGGGGCACAAGAUGAACGAACGAGACUUGCAGUUUCCAUGCUAAAAACCAUUCGAACAAACAAACCAAGCAGUGGCAGUAGGACACGUUUGCGUCCACGAGACGUCACCGAUGUCAAUGGCGGCGAUGAAUCUGAUGGCAAAAUCACCGAACUGUUUGCUGACUUCGAUCGCUACACAGAGCUCGUGACGAAGCUGGCAGAUACGGAAGCUCCUGAUGCUCAAUUCGAGCUCGAAUCUAAGAUCUUAUCCUUGGGAUUCAGUUACUAUUGAGUCGACCUUCUGGCGGUCAAUACACUGGAUUUUAGUUUAGUGUGUGAGAUCUUGGGAUUGACUGUGCGGGUGACAUUUUUUAGGUCAAUUAUUUUUAGUGUUUUUCUCACAUGAUUGUGAUCAUAGACUCACUCUUUCUUGUAUUUCUGGUAAAAUUGCCUCCAACUC